AUGAACCACGGCCUCCUCGUCGGCGCGGCGCCGCCCUCGCGCGCGCUGCUGAACGAGUAUCUCGACGCUACGGGCGUAUGGCGCAACGAUGCCGUCUCGAUAGGCGACAUGGCGGACGGCGGCUGGCGCGCGAUCGCAAACAGGGACAUGGAGCUCGGCGAGACAAUAUGCAAGAUCCCGAAGCAGGCGCUGCUUUCUGUCCGGACGGCGGAUCUGCGCCCCCCGAAGUCGGCGGGCCCGGGAACGACGUCGCACGCGAUCCUGAGCCUCGCGCUCGCGCUGCUCAACGAGCUGCGGCUAGGGCCGGACUCGGGCUUCUGGGGGUACGUCCAGAGCCUGCCGCGCGAGACGGUGCCGAUCCCGGCGCUGUGGCCUCUGUACCCUGAUGGAUCGGACGCGCGGCUCGCGGAGAAGUGGCUCAAGGGUACUGAGGCGGAGCGCGAUCUGCGCCGGAGAGAGGGGGAAGGCGUGGGCCUGGUACGUGUGUCAAGUCGGAUAGGUCACUCACGCUCGCAGGCCGACAUGCGGACAUUCUACGACGCUGGCAAGCUCCCCGCGACGCGCCUCCACCCUGAGCGGUCGCCGUUCGAAGCCUUCGCGCACGCCUUCUCGCUCGUAUCGACGCGCGCCUUCAUAAUCGACCUGCACCACACGAUCGCGCUGUGCCCCUUCGCCGACGUGCUCAACCACGCGGCCAGCUCGCACACGUCGCUCGCGUCCGACGACUUUGUGUGCCAUGUCUGCGGGAGCCUCGCGCCGUGCGCGCACGACGGCGGGCCGAACCCCGCCCGCCUGGCACACCUGCACCCUAACGCGCGGGCGCGGAUCGACAACGAGCUCGACACGGUCGACAUGUAUGUCGAGCGCUGCGUCGCCAAGGGGGACGAGGUGAUGAACUCGUACGGCGAGGGGAUCGGCGAGGCGCGUCUCCUCGUCGAGUGGGGCUUCGUGCCGCCCGAAGACGACGCGGACGACGACGAAGAAGGCUUCCUAGGCGACGGGAUCACGUGGAGCCUGUCUGAGCUGUGUGAUGCGGAGCGCGCCGCGCAGUGGCAGGCAAUGGACGAGGGCGACGACGUCGACGUCGAGGCGGAUGACGGCGCGCUGCUGGCCCCCAGGAGCGCGAAGAACGGCGUAUAUCACCUCAACCACAGCGGGCAGGCGAGCGUGCGUCUCUUCGGCGCGCUGUGGCUCGCAAACUCGGGCAGCCAUCCCAGCGACGACGUGCGCGCGGGCCUGAAGCGCGCGGUGCGUAGCGCCGAGGCGGCGUGGGAGGCCCACGUGGCAGACGACGACCCGCUGCCGCUCGACAGCGCGGUGCUCGACGCGAUCAAGGGCGUCGUGGCGCUGCUGGAGCGCCGGCGCGCCGGCCUCCCGGCCAUGAGCGUCGACGAGCUGUACGCCGCCCGCGAGGCGCUCGUCGACGCGCCCCUCCAGUCUGCGGCGCUCACGGUCGCUAUUAAUGAGGUCGCGCUGGUCCAGGCGGCGCUCGAGCGGUGGAGCGAGUUUGCCAAGGGCUUGGAAGGGUAG